AUGAGCAGUCCAAAGCGGAGAAUCGAGACAGACGUCAUGAAGUUAAUGAGUGACUACGAGGUGACUUUGGUCAAUGACAAUAUGCAAGAGUUUUACGUGCGCUUUAAGGGCCCCGAGGAGACCCCGUUUCAAGGAGGACAUUGGAAGAUCCACGUCGAACUACCAGAUCAAUACCCGUACAAGAGCCCGAGCAUCGGGUUUGUCAACAGGAUAUUCCACCCUAACAUCGAUGAGCUCUCGGGUUCUGUCUGCUUGGAUGUCAUUAACCAGACCUGGUCACCGAUGUACGACAUGAUCAACAUCUUCGAGGUCUUCCUUCCGCAACUCCUGCGAUACCCGAACCCUUCGGAUCCGUUAAACGGAGAGGCCGCGGCUAUGCUGAUGAGGGAGCCCAAAAGCUACGAGGCAAAGGUGAAGGAAUACGUGGCCAAGUAUGCCAGCAAAGAAGCCGUUGACGAUGCCGGGGAAGACACCGAGUCCGAAGAUGAACUCAGUUCUGCUGGUAGCUACGAAUCCGGCGGGGAAGAACCCGCCGGAACCAUGGAUGACGUUUAA